CAGAUUCUCUCUCUCUCUCCCCCGUCCCGACCUUGUUUUAUCGCUCUCCCUUCCCUCCAUACCCACCUCCCAUUAACUCUCUCUCUCUCUCUCUCUCUCUACAGCGAGUCACUGAGUGUGCAACUCUGUGUUACCCAACUGAGUCACUAGUUCAUCAGAAGAAGGAGGAGGAGGAAGUGGGGGUGAUGUUGCUGGGAAAGCGCCCGCGCCAUCGGAUUCAGAGGACGACGAGCGUGACCAGCAUCACCGUCGUCGACCUCGACGUGGACGACCCGCAGGAGCCGCCGUCGGAGGAGGACGCCAGCCUGAACCCCCCCGGCGAGGGUGGCCAGCCACGAGCUGCGGCGGCUCCCGAUCAUCACGGCGGCGUCGAGAGCAUCGACAUGGACCGUCAAAGCAGCUUCUUGGCGCUGGUGUCGCCGAGGAACUACAGCAGCAUGGAGGCCGGGAGCGCUCAUUUCCUGACCACCUGCGGGCUCUGCAAACGCCGUUUGUUUCCCGGUCGCGACAUCUACAUGUACAGGGGAGAUACGGCCUUUUGUAGCCACGAGUGUAGGGAACAGCAGAUGAAGCAGGACGAGAAGAAAGAGAAGCACAACGAUCCCAACGUUGCAGCUAAUUCACGUCGACAAGGUCGCAAGGCACCGCCAUCGCCAGUCUAGAGAGAGAAACCAUCUGUAAUUACUCUCCAAUGAAGAGAGAGAGAGAGGGGGGGAGAGAGGGAGAUGAUGAUGAUGAAGAAAUGGAAGCAAAUAUCAUGCAUUUCCUCCUUUGUUAAUCUUUAUGCAUUGCCUAAAACUAAAUAUUCUCUUUCUAUGGAUAUAUGGCGUGCACCUA